AUGAGUCACAGAAAAUACGAGGCGCCGCGCCAUGGAUCUCUGGCUUAUCUGCCCCGAAAGCGUGCCGCUCGUCACCGUGGAAAGGUCAAGUCCUUCCCCAAGGAUGACCCCAAGAAGCCCGUCCACCUGACUGCCGCCAUGGGUUACAAGGCCGGUAUGACCACCAUCGUCCGUGACCUCGAUCGACCUGGCGCCAAGGCCAACAAGAAGGAAGUUGUGGAGGCUGUUUCGAUCGUUGAUACCCCCCCAAUGAUCGUUGUUGGUCUGGUCGGCUACAUCGAGACCCCCCGAGGCCUGCGAUCCCUCACCACUGUUUGGGCCGAGCAUCUGAGCGACGAGCUCAAGCGCCGAUUCUACAAGAACUGGUACAAGUCCAAGAAGAAGGCUUUCACCAAGUACGCCAAGAAGCACUCCGAGAACAGCGGCGCUUCCAUCACCCGCGAGCUCGAGCGCAUCAAGAAGUACUGCACCGUCGUCCGUGUCCUCGCCCACACCCAGAUCCGAAAGACUCCUCUCAAGCAGAAGAAGGCUCACCUGAUGGAGAUCCAAGUCAACGGUGGAUCCAUCGCCGACAAGGUUUCCUUCGGCCAGGAGCUCUUCGAGAAGCCCGUCGAUGUCUCCAGCAUCUUCGAGCAGGACGAGAUGAUUGAUGUCAUCGCCGUCACCAAGGGUCACGGAUUCGAAGGUGUCACUGCUCGUUGGGGCACCAAGAAGCUUCCUCGCAAGACUCACAAGGGUCUCCGAAAGGUCGCUUGUAUCGGUGCUUGGCAUCCUUCCCACGUCCAGUGGACUGUUGCCCGUGCCGGUCAGCGGGGUUACCACCACCGAACCUCGGUCAACCACAAGAUCUACCGCAUUGGUAAGGGUGACGCCGACGACAACGCUGCCACUGAGAUCGAUGUCACCAAGAAGACCAUUACUCCUCUUGGUGGUUUCGUCCGCUACGGUGAGAUCAAGAACGACUUCGUCAUGCUCAAGGGCUCUAUCCCUGGUACCAAGAAGCGUGUCAUGACCCUCCGAAAGACCAUGUUCCCUCAGACCUCCCGAAAGGCCCUCGAGAAGGUCAGCCUCAAGUGGAUCGACACCUCGUCCGAGUUCGGACAUGGUGCUUUCCAGACCCCUGCCGAGAAGAAGCAGUACCAGGGUACUCUCAAGAAGGACCUUGCCUCCGCUUAA